AAUAUACUCUCAAGACUCGAGAGGAACACCAAGCCUUCCUAAGGCUAAAAGAAGGCCUAUUUUGAAUUUUGAGAUGCAGGUGUUAUUGCAACUACUUAUGUGAUGUAUCGCGUUGGCGGCGUUGCCCUAGCAUAUUACAAGCUAACUUGGCUUGUACGCAUACAUAUCAAUGAAUAUGUUGCACUACACUCACUCUUCAUUGUAUGAUUCAUCCAAUUGGGAUUUGCUAAAAGGAGCUCAAGCUACUACAAAUAUAAAUUAUAUGCAAUGGAGGCAACCAAAAUCUAUCAAGCCAUUACUAGGGGAAUAUUAUCAAUUAAACGAUGAUCCAGAUAAUUCAUAAUGCAAAUUGAAAGGAUUCAAACGAGUGCGUCUAUAGGAGAAAGAUCAAUAAACAAUCUUAAGAUAAAGGUGUUUUUUGGUACGAAAACAAGAUUAAAAAGGUGAAUACCAAAGAUUAUUUGCUUGGGAUAUAUUAAAUGAUUUAGCAUGAGUCGUGUUAAGUAUUUUCAGUUGAGGUUUGAACAUUUAGGGAUCGUUUGGUUACUGGAUAAGGAUUAAGUUAUUCAAGUAUUAAAUAUUGCAUAAGCUUUACCAUGUUUGGUAGCAUAUUUUUGUUAAAUUAUAAAAUUCAACACACACAAUACUAUGUUUGGUUAUAAAAUUAGAAAAUCACAUAACUAAUACAUGUUUAAGUUAUGAGUCAAUCUAUGUAUUAUUUUAUGCAGGGUAAAAGAUGGAAUAAGUUAUACCUGAAUAACUAAUACCUGAAUAAAAAUAUGUAUUGACAAUUUUACCCUUCACUCUCAAUCAAUAUACACCACAGGCUUUUAGAUAAACAUUCCCAUCCUUUAUCCAUCUGUAAAUCUAGAGAAUGGUUCUUCAUCUUCCAGGCAAGUAGAUUGAAAAACUUUCAAUCUGACGUUCUUUCUUUGAGGUUAGAAGUUCUCAAACUCAAAUUUUGGCUGAUUUUUUUAUUUGUUCUUCUUCUUCUCCUCCAAUUUUCUCUUUUGUGUUUUUCCUCUUGUUAAUCCAAUGAGAUGAAUGAAAUUGUAGAUCUUCUCAGUAUUUUCUAGUUAAGUUGAUGUUUGAGUACACCUAAAUUUGAUGUGGGUUUUGUUUUAUUUGUUCAAAAUUUGUGAUUUAUGAACAAAUGGGUUCAUUAAGUUUAGUUGCUUUAGCUUCUAAAAUUGCAAAAGAUAAAUAUGUAUUUGCAGUUUGACAAAAUAGUAUUAGUAUUCUAGCUUUAGAAGCCAAACAAAAAUAAACAUUUUACCCUGUUUUUCAUGUUACUUAGCCUGUGAUAUCACCAAUUUGUGUAAAGGUAACUGAAUAAGUUGCUUGUUGGUUCACCUUGGUGAAAACAAGUGUGGUUGGCUUGACAACUAUGUGGACUCUUCGAAUUUGAGUGAUGUUAACGAUAUAAGUUGAGCUUGCAUCACCAACAUUUGUAACCGUUCUUGUAUAAGUUUGCGAUUGUGGUCCUAGUAUAAUAGAGAAAGAAGGAUAGUUUAGUUCUGCCUCAAGUAUGGCUGAUUGUUGUGAACAUUUGAUAGUUUGUUGCAAUAUAAGUCCAAUUUGUUUUUUUCUUUUCAAUAAAAUUGAACAUUUUAGUAUAAAACCAUCUAUUACCUUCCUAUUAUACAAAAUGUGUCUGCAAUACUUAAUUAAGUAACAUGAUUGAUACUCUUUUUUCUUUUGGGAUUCAAUUUGAUCAUGAUGUUGUCAUUUUUAAUUGGAAAAUAGGUAUAAAUGGAUUCUCAGCAAUUGUGCGAUGUUGAAUCCUUUAUGAUUCUCGAGGAGAUUGUGAUGCAUUCCUAUAUUGUCCUUAUCUGCUUUUUUAUGGCUAUUUACAGCAUGUUAUUAAGAAAACAAUCUACAAAUACGCGGGGCAUUCGAUAUUGUAUGAGUGCUAGAAUUCCAAAAAUCUUGUCUCAUCUGAAUGUUCUCAUUCGUGACAAUGAUAUUGUAUGUAUUGACAAGCUUAGGAUGGAUAGAAACGCCUUUCACAUAUUAGCCUCAUUAGCCAAGAAUAUUGGAGGUUUGACUGACAGUAAAAAUAUGUCGAGUACUGAAAAGUUAGCAAUGUUUUUAAAUAUUUUGGCUCAUCAUGAAAAGAACAGGUCUAUCAAAGUUGAUUAUAUUAGAUCGGGGUGGAGUGUAAGUCGAGCCUUUAAUGAAUGUCUAAGAGCUAUUCUUAAACUAACUCCAGUGUUACUUGUUAAACCUAAUCCGGUGCUCGAAGAUGAUAGUGAUGAUCGAUGGAAAUGGUUUAAGGGUUGUCUUGGUGCAUUGGAUGGUACUUACAUUUCCAUUAGAGUUGAAGCAAUAUAUAAACCAAGAUACAGAACACGAAAAGGAGAUAUAGCAACUAAUGUCUUGGGGGUUUGUGAUAGAAAUCUCAACUUUAUUUAUGUAUUACCUGGUUGGGAGGGAUCAGCCGCUGAUGGUCGUGUAUUGCGAGAUGCUGUUGUACGAAGAAAUGGGUUGAAAGUACCUCAUGGCAAUUACUAUUUGUGCGACGGAGGAUAUACAAAUGGAAAUGGUUUUCUGUCUCCCUAUCGAGGAUAUAGAUAUUGGCUAAAGGAUUGGCAAGGUGACAAUCCAUCACCUCGAUGUCGAGAAGAGCUCUUUAAUAUGAAGCAUGCUAGGGCACGUAAUGUUAUUGAAAGAACAUUUGGACUAUUAAAAGGACGUUGGGGAAUUCUUAGAAGUCCUUCGUGGUACUCAGUUAAGGUUCACAAUAGAAUUAUUAGUGCAUGUUGUUUGAUACACAAUUUCAUUCGAAGAGAGAUGGAAGCUGACCCCUUAGAUGUGGAAAUGGAUUUCCACAUGGAGAAUCAACAUGAACAUGAAAAUAUUAAUACAAUUGAAACAUCUGAUGAGUGGACCACUUGGAGGGAUGAACUAGCUCAGUCUAUGUGGAAUGAACGAUUGGGAAAUCAAUCUUUAUAAUUUUAAACUAUGUGUUAACUUUUGGUGUGCUUAUGCACUUUUGCUUUUGGUUUUCCAUUCACUGUAAAAUGUAAUACCGUCUAUUAUUUUGUGAAGACGAAUGGUCAAUCUUUUGUAUGUCUCACAUUGUUAUUUGUACAAACAAACAGUGAAUCUCAAUGUAUAUCUAUUAUUUUAUAAUAUAAGCAGUGAAAUUCUCUUUAUCUCUUCA